UGCUCGUAGCAACACCACAAUAAUCACCACCUCAUUUCUUCUUGUCCUCCGAGAAAGACACUGACGUGAAAUCCGAACAUGGCUCUCGGUCAACUUUUUAUCCAAGGAACAUACUUGAGGUUAUCGCCUAUAAGAUUUUUAAAACCUCUCAGGGUGUUUAGGAGACUCACAAUGGCAGCCAUACUGUUGUGUUUUUUGUUGAUGUAUCAUUUGAAUCCAGCAUUGGCAGCCUCAGGUGGAUCGGUCGGCGGAGAUUCUUGGUCGGAUUCCGAUUCCGAUUCCGAUUCGGAUUUGGAUUCAUGGUCGCACCCAUCAUCAAGUCCUUCGAAAACGAAUUCGCCCGAAGAGCGUAAAGGUCAGGCAGUUUUUUGUUUGUUGAUUAUGGGGGCAAUUGUGGUGUUGGCAUUUACAUGUUCAUCAAGAUCUACUGCCACUGUUGUCAAGAUUCAGGUUGGUCUGUUGAGCACAGCGCGAACACUCCAAAAGGAUCUUGAUCAGAUAGCUGAAACUGCAGAUACGUCUACUCGCAAGGAUUUGAGCCGUGUUUUGACAGAGGCAACAGCAGCUUUGCUUCGCCAUCCUCAUCAUUGUAUCUCAGGCUAUUCUUCUGUGGCUCCCAAAGAAAGUGUGAAGGAUGCACAAAAAUGCUUCAAUCAAGUUUCAUUGGAAGAGAGGGCUAAAUUUGACGAAGAGACACUUGUUAAUGUGAACAACAUAAAAAGGAAAAGUACAACAAAGAUACCUAAGGGAUUGCAAAAUCAAUAUAUAGUGGUUACCGUUCUCGUGGGUGUGAAAGGAUUAAUGCACAAAUUUCCGACCAUCAAUGAUAAUAGUGACUUGAACGAAGCCUUGCAAAAUCUCAGAUCCAUUCCCUCACGUGACUUAUUAGCAGUACGAGUGUUAUGGACUCCUCAACAAGAAAAUGGUACUUUGUCGGAGCAAGAACUACUUAAAGAUUACCCCCUUCUGAAAGAAUUUUGAAAGAGGAUAUAUAUAUGAUGUACAUACACAGUUAGUAGGGUUUAAGAAUUGGUAAUCUAUGCAUAUAUAGAGCUAAGUCGUUUCUACAUUUACUGUAUAGUUUUACAUAGUCAAUUUACAAGAAGGAAAGCUACAGUAUUUGGAUAAUGAAUAUUAAACUUGAAGUUCUUGCUAAUACAUUCUAUUUCU